AUGACGCCGGGCCUGGAUGACACAGGCUUCAUGAUGGAUGGCUCGGACACACCAAGCCGUCCUGCCCAGGCCCAGGAGCCGGCCAUGUCCUCGCCGCCCCGUUCAGGAGCGCCGUCGGAGUCGCAAGCUCUAGCCCAGCCUCAGCCGGAAGUGCAUGAGGAGGAUGACGACGAUGACUUGGGUGGUCUGUUGCAGGACAACUCCUCGCAGCCGAAGAGCACUCCGCCGCGCGCCCCCAGCGCUGCCCCCAGCGCUGCCGCCAGCGCUGCCGCCAGCGCCGUGCCCAGCGGGUCUGGCCCGAAAAGCGGGCCUCCAGCGAAGGCAGAAGACGACGAGGAUGAGGGCCUGCCAGAGUUCUUGCGGAACCGCGAGGGCCGGUCGCGGCGCGGAGCUGCCUCGGCACGCUCGGCGCAGAGUGCGCAGAGCGCGCCUAGUGCACAAAGUGCGCCCAGCGCGCAGGGUGCCCGUGCUGUGUCGAAGCCACCCACCCCGCCAACGCCGCCGAAGUUCGACUUGGGCUUUGACGAGUCAGAAGUUCACGCGCAGAGCCCAGUUGCGGCGCAGGUUCCAGUCGCAGGAGGCAGCGCCAGCAGUAGCCGGCACACUAUGCCAAAAAGCAGCAGCUCCCGGCUGGCGCCACCGGCGCCGCAGGUGGCGCAGGCGGCUACAAGCAGCUCAAGUUCCAGGCCAGCCGCGAAGGUUCCACCUGUGCCCGCCGCGGCCUCGCCCGCAGCGGCAGCGGCGGUGCCAGCUGCACCGGCUGCGGCUACGGGUGUGGCCCCGGCCUCGCCGCUGAGCACGGUCAAGAGUGCAGAAGGCUAUAGAGUGCAAGAGGCGGCCGUGUUGCCGCCGGAGGCUUACCAGGUGCGUGCCCAGCAGGCAGCUGCGGCAUCCAUCGCCCAGCUUAUGGCAGAGCAGGAGGCUGCAAGGAGGCUGAGCGACAAAGCGCCCCAGUCGCCCUCGACACCUCCCUCCGAGCGGGAUCUGAGCUUUGCAGUGGAUGCCAGUGCCUUGGGCGGCCAGGGCUUUUCUGGCUUCCCGCCUUUGGCGGGGGCGCCCCCGCAAGACCUGCUGCUGCAGCUCGCGCAGAGCCAAGCGAAGGUGCGCCACCUGGAGCUACAGCUGGAGGACAACGAGCAGCGGUGGCAGAAGCGCUUUGAGGACGCCAAGCGCCAGGAGGACGCCGGCCACGCUCGCAUGGAGCUGCAGUGCCGGUAUUUGGAGGCGGAGCUGGACCGUACCAAGGAGGUGCACGCCAGCGAGCUGCGGCACUUCCAGGAGCAGAAGCGCCUGCUGACCCAAGGCCAACAGACGGAGUUGGAAGAUGCCCGGCGGGAGGAACGACGCAAGGUGCAGAUGGAGCUGGACAAGGUGAAGGGGGACCACCACCUUGAGCUUGAGGAGCUGAAGCGCCGUCACGAGCGCUCGGUUGCCAUCCUGAAGCAGCAGGCGGAUGCCGAGGCGGAGAGCCUGCGGCGUGCCCACAGUGAGAACACUCACCUCACCAAGCUGGUGGAGCAGGUGCAGGGCUCUGUGGCCGAGGUGGAGCGGCUGAGCAAACGUGUGGACACGGACAAGACGCUGGAGUGGUCGGUGCGGGAGCGGCAGCUGGAGGCCCGGGAGCGGAGCGCCAAGGAGCUCGAGGCGCAGCUGCAGCGGCAGACCAAAGAGGUGGAAGAGCAACGCCGGCGCCUGUCGGAGCUGGUGCAAAACCUGCAGAGCCGCCAGGAGGAUGACACUGAAGCGCUGGCUUCAGAGCGGCAGAGGCUGCAGGCGGAGCAUCAGCGCCUGUUGGAGCUGCAGCAGAGCGUGCGGGAGGCGGACAGAAACAACAAGGAGGCGCUGAAGCACACCUGGGCGCAGGCAGAGGAGGACCGCCGCAGCCUGCAGCAGGAGCAGCUGCGGUUCGACGGGGAGCAAACCGCUCGCAAGGAGGAGCUGGACAUGCAGGAGCGGCAGCUAAGAUCCGAGACGGAACGCCUGAAGGCGUUGCACCAACAAAUCGAGGUGUCGCGACAGAAUGCAGCGCGGCGCAUCCGCGAGACGGAGACCACCGUGGCAAACGAGCGCCGGGGGCCAUUGUGUCGGGCGGAAGUAAGCGGGGCCUACGUGGCUGAGCCCUUGGGCACGCUGCUGGCGGACGGCAGCCGCUGGGGUGCCUUUGAGCCCGAGAAGGUGAGCUUCUGGGGCGAGGUGGACCGGUUUCUGGCUAAGACCUCGGUGGAGGUUGUGGCCAGCGGUUUCCGCUGGACCGAGGGGCCCACCUGGGUAGCUUCGGACAGCUCCCUGCUCUUCUCUGACACCAUCGACGCCCGGAUUUACCGCUGGACAAGGGAUGGCGUGGCCGUUGUCUUGGAGCACUCAGGGGGCUUCGAUGGCAGCAACGUGCCCGGCCACGAAAUGCUCUUCGAGGUGGGGAGCAAUGGAAUGGCGCUACACGAGGAGCACCUGUACGUCUGCCAGCAUCCUACCCAUCGGGUGGUCAGGAUCGCGCUGGCCGAUUUGACGCCGGGUCGCUUCUGCGAGAAGAAGUUCCAAGUGCUCGCGGACUCCUUCGAGGGGCGGCGUUUGAACUCCCCGAAUGACGUGGUGCUGGGGCCGGAUGGUGCCGUGUGGUUCACGGAUCCCAUCUACGGGUUGCUGAAGAAGCCCGCGGCGGACGCCUUUGGGCCAGUGCUGCCGGCCGCUCCGGACCCGUGUCACAACCCCUGCGACCUGCCAUACUUGGACGAGAGCUCCCAGCAGAAGCGGACAGGCGUCUUUCGGUGGAAGGAUGGUGACCUCCAGCUGGCCACCACACUGCUGGACCGGCCCAACGGCUUAGCCUUCUCCCCGGAAGGUGACCUGCUGUGGGUGGCCAACAGCAACAAGCACCUGGCCAGCUGGACUGCCUUCGAGGUGGGCACUCCUCUCCGCCCUGUGCGCGCCCUGAGCGAGACCGGGGCAUCGCCAGCGGGCAUCCCCGCAGCGACGCUGGGGGAGAUGCCGGGGCGCGGGGUGUCCGACGGCUUCAAGAUUGAUGCGGAGGGCUUCAUUUGGAGCUCCAUGCCGCAGGGCGUGUGCAUCAUAGAUCCCCGGUUGCCCACACCCCGAGUGGUGGCAAAGGUAUUUUUCAACACCAACAUUUCGAACAUUGCCUUCGGCGAAGGCGGCGACGUUUGGGUCACGGGCUUGGGCCACAUUUGGCGGCUCCAGCGGCGAUGUCGGUGCCUCAUGACAGACCUCGAAGUCUUCGAAGAGAAGCGUCGGAUGCACGAGCAGGAGGCGAUGAAGCUGGAGAACGACCAGAGGUCCUUGCGCGAGGAGAAGGAGAACUUCGAGAAGGAGCUGCGGAGCGUUGGACUCAUGGCGCAGGAGCUGGAGAGGCGUUCUGAAGAGAUCCGCGCUUUGCAUGAGGAAGCGGCAGAGGCCCGCGGCGAGCUGCAGCAUCUCAGGGGCCAGCUGCAGGAUCUGUCGAUGGAUCCCCGCAAGGGCAAGCAGUACCGAAAGGCGGAUGGUCUCAACACGCGACUUGAGGACAGGGAUCCCGCGUCCACCUUGGUGCCGCCAGCCCUACGUGUGCACGUGGGAUUGCCCUAUCGCACCUUCACACGCCGCAUGACUGGAGAUGAUGUCCUGGUCGUGCCGGAGCUGCUCUGUGACCAAGAUGACCAAUCUCUCUAUCACAAAAUGGUGGAGGAAAUCCGUGUCGCGCAGGUAGAGGGCAGCAAGGAAGCCAGGUGGGCAUCCUGGAAAGAUGGCUGCCACUUGAUUACAAAGGCGCCGGAGUGUUCGGCAGCUUACCGUGAUGUGGUCGCCAAAGUCAUUGCAUAUUUCCGGAUUCUGGAGCCCUCAGUCUACUGUCGCUUCAACUGGUAUGUGAAUGGUGCAGAUUGGAAGCCGCUGCACCAUGAUACGGCGGCCUUCAGCCAGCGACGACUGGGCAAGCAAAACAUCACUGUUGGGGUUUCAUUGGGUGGUGAGCGGGAGCUUGCUUUCCGUCACGUGCAACAUGGCACCCUGGCAUAUUUUCCGCAACUGAAUGGAAUGGCCUUUUCCUUUGGGCGUCGCAUCAACAUCAACUGGAAGCAUGGCAUCAACGCAUUGCCCCUUGACAGGCACAAUCAGCUUGGACGGAUUUCCAUAAUCCUUUGGGGUUGGAGCGAGCUUGCAGUCGAAGAGAACGAGGAAUAUGGUGAAGCUGAAGGUGACGUACCAAAGGCGGAGGCCUUUCACAGAACAUGCAAGCAGUUUCAGAAGGGGAAGUGUACCUAUGGUGAGCGCUGCAAGUUCUCACACUCCGAGGGGCCGCUUGUGGAGGAGGAGCGCAGCGCGCAGGGCAGCGAGAUGGAGCGGCUCCGGACCAUGCAGUCGCUGAUCGAGCAGCAGCGCUUGCAGCUGCUGCAGACGGAGAACCAGCUGCGGCUUCAGGGGGUCGAGGACAUCGAGCUGCAGGUGACGGCCCAGGGCCACUUUCCACCAGCCUUGGAAAUGCCUACCGGGCACGCACCGACUUUCGCUGGGCCAGAGGCAACACCGAGUUGGCCUGAAUGGUCUGAGCCAGAACGGGAGGUGCCAAAGCAGCGACCUCUCGCCACGCCUUGCCGCGCUGGCAGCCGGGGUGGCGGCUUUGAGAUUCGCUCCAAGUUGCAGAGAUCCCGUCGGGACACCGGGGACAUGCAGAGCUAUUUGCUGCAAAGCGCCGCUUUCUUGCAGCAGGCGAAGCGGGUGGCACCAGCAAUCACGGCGCAGGCGAGGACGCGUGCGCCGAGCCUCACCUCGUCGGAGACGCCAGAGGACCUGGCCACGGGCGGGGAGGGAGCGCCCAGCCAGCGCUCUGGAGUCCCAGAGUGUGCCACAUUCGCAGCGGGUUUCAACUCGGUUGCCUCAGUGGUCGAGUGCAACAAGGCCAUCAGCGGCUGCAGGGCAUCUGGGCGCUGGAGAUGUGCAGUGCACCUCCUACAAGAGGCUUUGCAGCAGGCGCAGCCGGAUGUCGUUACCUACAACUCCACUAUCAGCGUUUGCGAGGCGGCAUCUGCUUGGCAAUCGGCCUUGAGGCUACUGAGGCAGGCAAGCGUUGCUCAGCCCAACGUGAUCACGUAUGGAGCUGCUAUUAGUGCUUGCCAGAAGGCGGCCCAUUGGCAAGAAGCCCUAGAGUUGCUGAGCCAGGCUGACAUCAAUUCGGUGCGUCCCAACAUCAUCACCUACAACUCCACCAUCAGUGCCUGCGGUCAAGCCGCGCAUUGCCAGCAGGCCCUCGUUCUCCUGGAAGAAGCCGCCAGGUCCUUGAGGCCCACCAUCAUUUCCUACAACGCAGCUCUCAGCGCCUGCGAAAAGGCGGAGGAGUGGCAGCGGGCUGUGGCCCUUUUGGAUGAAGUCGCAGCCGCCCGGCUGCAGCGGGAUGCUGUCACAUACAACGCCGCCAUCAGCGCCUGCGGAAGGGCCGGGCAGUGGCAACAGGCCCUGGUGCUCUUCGCCGACGCCCGGACUCGGCGACUGCUGAGCGCAGUGACUUGCAAUGCGGCCAUCAGCGCCUGCGAGAAACGCCGGGAGUGGAAGCUGAGCGUGGCGCUGCUAGAGGCGACCUGGCACCUGGCCUUGCGCCCCACAGAGGUCACCUACAACGCCGCCACCAGCGCCUGCGAGAAGGCGGGCCGCUGGCGCCACGCGCUGCGGCUGCUGGGCCGUGAGGUUCUCGACGUGGUGGCCUUUGGGGCGGCCAUCGGUGCCUGCGAGAAUGCCACAGCUUGGAGGCCGGGCCUGGCGCUGCUGGGCGAGCUGCGCUUGGAGUCGCUGGGGCCGAGUUUGGUGGCCUCCAACGGCGCUCUAAGCGCCUGCGACAAAGCGAGGGCCUGGCGCCACGUGCUGGCGCUGUUGGCGGAUGUGCAAGUCCACCUGCAACCGAAUCUUGUCACCUUUGCCGCUGCCAUCAGCGCCUGUGAGGGUGCACACCCGCACCAGGCCCUGUUGCUCUUCGCAGAGCUGAAGGCCCAACGCCUGGCGCCCAACGCCGUCGUCUGCGCCUCCGCGGCGGCCGCCGCGGAGCUCGGGGCGCGGCUCUCGGAGCUGCCGGCGCUGCUCGCCGAGCUCGGGGCCUGCGGGGCGGCGACCGCGACCGCGCGGAUGAAAACGUUGGCGGAGUCGGCGAGUCGUAGGGUUUGA